UUCGGGGGAGUAGACGGCACGCGUGGUAUCCGUGUACUCUGUCGCGUUUCCGUAGCACGAGCGGAUCGGAGCGCGCGUCGCGCGCGGGUGCUACGCCAGGAAGGCCACUUCCGCCUUUCCGGUUGCGCAUCGUCGGGGCCGCUGCAUUGCCUGCGGACCGCGUCGCGUGUGCCCGUGUCCGAAAAAUGUAAUAUGGCGAUGGUUGCGUCGAACAUGAGCGGCCACAUACAGAAGCAGCUCACCAGGAGCCUCGAGCGGAUUCUGGAGGAGGCGCACCUGAGCGGCGAGCUCAAGCUGAGCGGCCGUAAACUCAAAGACUUCCCGAAAGUCGGGAAGGCCGGCGCGGCUAAAUAUAAUUUGCAGGAUACCGUAAUCGCCGACCUUUCGAAGAAUCGUUUCAGUGAGUUACCGGAGGAAGUCACAGAAUUUUCAUUCCUCGAAAAGCUGCAUCUUUAUCAUAAUGCCAUAAGAAUAAUCCCGGAAACCGUCGUAAUGCUCCAAUCCUUGAACUACCUCGAUCUUAGUCGAAACCAAUUGACGUCGCUACCUCGAGAGAUAUGCAGGCUACCCCUUCAGACGUUGCUAGUCGCACACAACAGAUUAGCAUCUUUGCCAGACGAGCUGGGCAGAAUGACAGUAUUGGCAGAACUGGACGCAGGUUGUAACGAAAUCACAAGUCUUCCACCUCGAAUGGGCGACCUUGCGCAACUCCGGUCUCUAGACUUGAGGAGCAACUUGCUGGUGCACCUGCCUAUAGAACUGACGUACCUGAGGCUCGUGAAGCUGGAUAUUAGCGGUAAUCGAAUAUCUGUACUUCCAAACGAGAUGAGGAAGAUGAAAAGCUUGGUGGAUUUCAAACUGUCCGACAAUCCGCUCACUUCGCCGCCUGCCUCGCUAUGCAUUCGCGGGCGAACGCACAUUUUCAAGUACUUGGAGAGGCAGGCAGCGAAACACGAGAGGGCCAGAGGCGGUCGAACGCGGCGGGCACCUCUGGAUGCAAGAGGUCAUGCGACGUUGGACACGAGGUCGCAUCGACGACACAACGUCGACAGUGGAUACAGCACCAGCGACGGUGUCGACAAACGUUGGUCCCAAGAGAUCCACAGCGCGGUACACGACGGCGAAGUUCGCAGUUUGUGGCGGCAGGAAUGUUCACCGCUCUCGAUAACGCUACCGCACGAGGUAGGCGUGAAUGGAUCUUGCAGUGGCACGUCGACGCCCAGCACGAUUUCACCCGGGGAGCACACGUCCCUGGAGGAUGAGUUGGGCAAGGCGAUGGUACUGCACGAUCAACUGGAAAAGAGAAGAUUAGAGAGGAGCACCUCUGAGAAUGGGGCAGACAUUAGAAGACCAAUGAUCUCUGGCCUUCAUCACACAUCGAUUACGCCACCUGGCCAUCUGGAGUCCACGCAUUUGACGAGUCAAUCGCAGCAGAUAUCAUCCGCACAGCAAUCAGUACACCCGCUCCAAACUGCAACCGGUACCACUGCAAUGGUGAACGGCGACGAUAAGAGGCCGUUCAAUCAUAUACAGACGUACAGGGAAUACAAAGAAGCUCUGAAGCAGCAGAGAGCUAAUGAAGGUUUAAGCGUAUACAGACCUCGUGAGCAAGUGACGCCUCCAGGUAACGAGACGCAAAACGAAACCGACAUGGGCAACAAUAAAGAAACCAUUGCUCUAACUGGCAAGCAAAUCUUCAACGAAGAUAAUGCAUUAAAGAGGCCAGUGCAGAAAGUUACUCCGUCGCGAAUAAACUACCAAAGCACGCCAAUUAUCAACGGUAGUAAUAAUGAUUACAACAAUAAGAACGGAAAAUAUCUUGAGCAACCUUAUAAAAAACCUAGUUCGCCUAUUAAAACUUCGAGUAGUAUUCUCUCCACAAAUACGAGUCCAGCGCAUGCGCCCAGAUUGGUGAAAACUGCUGUUGGUUACGUUGAAGGCAACAACAGUCCCAGUAGAAACGGCGGCAGUCCGAAAUCCCCGCGAUCCGUCACAUGGAAUAGUAAUGUGCCUGAAAAGUAUUCCUUUACUAUGAGGAGAGAGUUUGAACGUGCCAAAGAAGAGGCUGAUCUCAUCGAACAACUACGAAAUCACAUAGAGACGAGAUUGAAGAUGGCAUUGCCAGAGGAUCUUGCACCAGCGUUAACGGAUGGUGUUGUUCUUUGUCACCUGGCGAACCACGUUAGACCGCGAUCAGUUGCUAGUAUACAUGUUCCUUCUCCCGCUGUACCUAAGCUGACAAUGGCACGAUGCAGGCGUAACGUUGACAACUUCCUCGAGGCGUGUCGGAAGAUUGGCGUUGAUGAGGAGGUGUUAUUGGACGCGGACGCAAUCAUGGACGUGGGUUACAUGGACGCGUACGGGCUGGAGGCUUUGGCGCGUCUCGUCACUGCUCUUCUCCUUGUUCGCGAUGAGGGAGAGAAUGGCACCGAAGAGCCGGCCGCAGAUUCACUCCGUACGAUUCAAGACCACGUUCUAUCCGCGAUGCUUUUUGCCACAUUCCUAUCCGCCCUAGUUCUGCUUUAUCUAUUCCCAAUCCCCGAUUAGUAAGACAUUAUUGCGAAAAAGAAGGAUCUACGAAUUAAGAAAGAAGGAGAAAAAGAGUGCCAGGAUGGAAACUAUGAUAUCUUGAGGCGGUAAUUCUCAGAGUCUUUUUUUUUACUAUCUUAAUUUUGUUUUUGAUACAAAGAUACUGAGAACAACCGUCUCUUUCGAACAACGAUGCACACGACACUUUCAAUGUUCGUUUUACGACUUUGUCUUUAGGGCUAUAUAUUAUUUCCAUAAACUUUAUUUAUACUUGUAUUUAUCAAAAUUCAAAAAAGUGUCGUGUCAGAUUUGACUUUGAUGUUGAAAUUCUCAAUGGUGUUUAGCAAAUUAAAUGAAGAAAAAAUGUACAUUAAUAUUCGAUAGAUGCGGCACGCUUUUUUUUUUAAGAAGACAGUCUAAAUGUUUACGUAAUGUUUUACGUAACAUGAACAGAACACUAUAGGAUUGUCAUCGACAUCAAAGUACUCUGUAAUUUUUUAAAGUGUCUUCCGAAGAGGAUUAAAAAACGGUUUGCUAUUGCCGCAUCUAGACGCUUUAAAGAAUAUCAGAACAUAUCUUUUGUCGCAUAUGAAAUUGUCGCC